AUGCUUGCUCGUGCGAAUAGCGAUGCAGGCACCCGUCUCCGCCGGUCCAAGUCCGCAUCUACAGCUCACAAACGUCCCAAUUCCAUCACCGAACCGCUGGAUCUGGAUACGAUCAAGCAGCAGGCUCUAGCUGCGGCCACCACUGCCUUUGCUCGAGCACAGGCGCAAGAUGCGGCAGACCGUACCGCAAAACGCAGCUCUGAGGUAGCAAGGUCCAAGAGCAAUGUCAGCCGCAAGUCUCUCACGUCCCAAGGCAGCUACUUUCCACCGCGUGGUUCGAGCUUCAGAUCUCUGCAGCGCUCAAACGCCGAGCAGAUCAGAAGUACCAACCGCCUGUCCCAGUCCUCGACAGAGAGUAUGGAACAGAAAACAGAGCAAUUCCCACCUUUGUAUCCAACUCCCAGCGUUCAUGGGUCGCUUUCUGUGCCACGUCAUCUAUCGACGCAGCCUUCUAUCACACUUAGUGAGAAUACUAGACCCAAUUCCCAACUAAAGUCAUAUCGACAGAACACUUCGUCCUCGAUUACCUCACAACGGAUACGGAAAGCACGUUCCAUGUACUACGCAAGCAGUGUUCAGACCGGAUCACCAAUCGCUCGACCACCGUCUAAAUAUCUUACAACACCAUCCCCGGGUAACAUAGGUCCAGCGUUGGAACCCUCGUCUCUUCCUUUGCCAUCCCGAACACUUCGGCCAUCACCACUGGCGGGCCCACGCAUGCCUGUUACAAUUGGGCCCGACACCACACUUGACAAAGUACGAGAUGAAUAUCUGCAAGGCUUCCAACAAAAGGCAUUGAAGCACAAGCCAUCUAUGUUUCUGGCGCCAUUCAAGAAAAGACAGGAGAAAAGGAAGGACAAGGGCAAACGUGUCGUAUCGGAAGCACAUUCCUUCCCCACGAGUGACCGGCAAACACCCGACGAGUCGACGAUGGACCCUGCUAUUAUCGCAUUCAUGCCAGCCCAAGAACUCAAGGAGAACCGAUCAUUCUCUGGUUCUCUCAAAAGUAAGAUCAAGAAAGUUUUCCGGCGUACAUCGGGCAAGUCAACCAACCUUCCUGUUCAGCAGAUCGAUGCCAGCCGCGACUACUUUCAUACUGCAUACUAUAGUCCACCGUCCGCCAAGGAUACAUUGGGUAUACCAGUUCCCAAUGAGGAAACGUUGCAGCACAUUCGUGCCCGAACGCCAUCACUCGAGGGGACCUACCCUAUCUUUCUACGAUCUGGGUCUAGAACUGAUAGUACUGGAAGCGGACGGAGCAAUCGUAGUCUUCAUAGUGAAGCGAACGCUACAAACGUGUCAGCAUCCCGAGCUACAAGCUGGGGAACAUCCACUACAAGCGAUACGUUGACGCAACGGGCCAUGAAGCGCAUGACUGUUAUACACGAGUCCAAGGAUAGCAUUGGAAGCGAAGCAGAUCGUGUUGCUUCUGUGUCUGCCUCGAGAAAGAAGUCACUGCCUCUCCCACCACUCGCCUCUUUCCGUGACCCAAUGCCCAUGGAGAUCCUUACCGAAGAGUCACUAACGCCUGUCGAUCCCAAACGCAUCUUUUCUGCGCUCAUGAAAGAGAUUGGGUCGUCAAGAUCACAAUCGCCUCCAAGCCCUGAUAAACGAACACCUGGCGCAGAGAGCGAUGUAUUCGAAUCUAGCACGACGAAGCUAUUUUCUCACUCACAGGAGUUGUGUUCCAACAGCAGCCACAAUCUUCGAAGCAGUAUCGACCUGGGCCAUCGACCACCAUCACGGAGACCUGCCACAUCCCAGAGUGCGCAGAGCAAGACUAGCACAAUCAGAUCCUUUGGCAGGGCGAUUAAGUCAACCAUUCGCACCGUCACACCCAUUGGGCAGCAUUCGACGCCCGCUCCAGACGCCAAAAAUCGCGUGCACAGUGCCAAAGGGGAGCAGCAACGAAAUGGUUGGGUGCAUUCGUCAGCCACUACUCCAGAAUCCGACGAUAACCAGAACGAAAGUGAUGGUGAUGAACGCAAUUGUGCUGUUCAAGUGUUUACGCCAUCUCCCUCACAGAUUGAGAAGCGCGUAGAAAAGGCGGAAGAACGUUGGAAAACGCCUCUCGAAGCAGCCGAGCACCUCCACUUUCCGCGCGAAACAGACAGGACUUACGAGUCUACAACUUUUGCUCGGCGGACUCAAAAACAGCUCAAAUCCUCUGUUCAGCAUGAUGUGAAAGCCGAAUCAGGGCCUAGUGUUGUUGGCCACAAUAUGAGUAGGUUGCCCAUAUCUCCCGAAGCCUCCACGUCACCAGCUUCCCGCAUUGCCAUGACGCCAAUGUCUCCCAGCAUCUAUUCACGAGAUACGGACGGUGUCAGCAUCCUUCCAAACGAUAGCAUCAUAUCUUUCGGAGGACACAGUGAGCUUGAUCAAUCCCACAACGGUGGCUCAGCAGUCAUCUCAACUAGUCAGUCUGUUAGAAGCUAUGUAGUGGGAACACCUUCCCCUCAACGUCGUGGGUCAACGCGUACGAGUCGGGAUUGGAGGGCUUGGUUUUCGCAUGAGAUCUCGAGCAUGGAGCUUAGCAGCCAAGAAGAUCUGAGGAUUCAUGAUCAGUACACUAAGCCAUCUAAAAAGGUGAGAUCGAUUUCAAUCCGCACGUCCCACACCGAACACGAAGAUACGACAGUGGUCCUUCGAGGAUCUCUCAAUGUAACAACACCACGACCAGACGCCGAGCACUCAGCGAAGACGAUUGACCUACAUAUUCAUGGUCGCUUGGAUAGACCAGCGUCGAAGCAUGGAGAAAACCACGGCGUCAAAGCAGCCAAUUCACCCACUGAAAAGUCCCCGUCCCCUUUUGACACUCAUAACAGCAGCACUCGCAGCUACACUCCAGUAGGCCAGAUAUUUGACACGACAGGGCACCAAAAACCAACUCUCCAUGAAUUGACGUCGCUUUCUGAUAAGAACCGUCCGCUCUCAAGACUCAAAAGUCAGGCAUCCAUGCCACUCUCUGCGUUUAAGACACCCAAGUCGCCUUCAAUGAACGACCGGUUUCCUUUUCUUGAUACUGGUCGACACUCGAGCAGCAACAGCCUAUCUUCCCGGCAUUCCAAAUCGCCUACUGUUAUGCAUGUUCCAAUAAGGUCUCAACCCUCGCCCAAGUUGACGCCUGGUUCCAAAGCCACCACUAAUGUGUCCACCCCAGCCACAAAUGAAACCUCACAGCGUGUACCAAACACUACACUGAGGGGGACCGAUGCACAGGCCAAAAGGAAGGAGAACGCUACUCCCCCGUCAAUACGCAGUCAAAAGAAUCCCACAGUCUCACCGUUGGGCUUGUCUACGCGACCGAACUCGCAAAAGCUGCUGUGCUCGUCGACUACCCCACGCCACUCGCCUGGCAUCAGCCAGCACCACACACCCGAGGGAAACGAAGUAAAGCAAAACCCCAGCCCAGCAGCAAUACCUUUCCGUCCCCGUAUUCGUGCAACCCUCCGCCCGAUGUCUCCUGAGAAACUCGCCCGCAGAUCCCGAAGUGCAUUCGACCUCCGCGGCGCCCACAACAUGGGCCGACCUAUCGUCAUUGAUCUAGCUAAAGUCUCUCCACUUCCUAAUUCAGACCCACGCCAUCCAACGCUGCAUCUUACGACCUCGUUGAGCACUCUGGCCAUGAGCAAGGAACCAGAUCCUGAUAGUAUUUCUGUUGGCAGAGUCAUCGACACCGUACUCGGUGGUGAGCGCAAUGGGAGCGUUACCCCUGGUCAACGGAUGGCAGACCGCUUUUUGAUGCAGAGGAAGAGUACAUCGGCGUUGGAUGGUAGUGCAAAGAGGUUAAGAGGUGGAUUAGUAUUGGUUAGAGAAGAUACGCCGGCUUUCUUGUGA